UUUUUUCUCUAUAUAUAUAGACCAUGUCAAUCCACUAACGAUCCCUAACCGAAAACAGAGUAGUCAAGAAACAGAGUAUUUUUUCUACAUGGAUCCAUUUUUAAUUCAGUCCCCAUUCUCCGGCUUCUCACCGGAAUAUUCUAUCGGAUCUUCUCCAGAUUCUUUCUCAUCCUCUUCUUCUAACAAUUACUCUCUUCCCUUCAACGAGAACGACUCAGAGGAAAUGUUUCUCUACGGUCUAAUCGAGCAGUCCACGCAACAAACCUAUAUUGACUCGGAUAGUCAAGACCUUCCGAUCAAAUCCGUAAGCUCAAGAAAGUCAGAGAAGUCUUACAGAGGCGUAAGACGACGGCCAUGGGGGAAAUUCGCGGCGGAGAUAAGAGAUUCGACUAGAAACGGUAUUAGGGUUUGGCUCGGGACGUUCGAAAGCGCGGAAGAGGCGGCUUUAGCCUACGAUCAAGCUGCUUUCUCGAUGAGAGGGUCCUCGGCGAUUCUCAAUUUUUCGGCGGAGAGAGUUCAAGAGUCGCUUUCGGAGAUUAAAUAUACCUACGAGGAUGGUUGUUCUCCGGUUGUGGCGUUGAAGAGGAAACACUCGAUGAGACGGAGAAUGACCAAUAAGAAGACGAAAGAUAGUGACUUUGAUCACCGCUCCGUGAAGUUAGAUAAUGUAGUUGUCUUUGAGGAUUUGGGAGAACAGUACCUUGAGGAGCUUUUGGGGUCUUCUGAAAAUAGUGGGACUUGGUGAAAGAUUAGGAUUUGUAUUAGGGACCUUAAGUUUGAAGUGGUUGAUUAAUUUUAACCCUAAUAUGUUUUUUGUUUGCUUAAAUAUUUGAUUCUAUUGAGAAACAUCGAAAACAGUUUGUAUGUAUUUUUGUGAUACUUGACUUUAUCAAUUUCAAGUUAGUGUAAAAGUCUUUGUCUCUUACUAUUCAACUAGUAAGAAAACUCUCAUUUUUCUUAUUUAUCGUAAUGAGGAUUGUCUUUAAGC